GGCGGCGGAUCCGGAAGAGGCGGGCUCGCGAGGGUGGAGGAACGAGAGUGCCGGGGCCUGUCUGGAUGAUUGUCUGACUGCGGGACGAACGAUGUGGGGGAGUUUAUUGUGAAACAAUAACAGCCUUCAUAUAAAACAUUUUUUUCUGAAGACUGAUAGAAUUUGUAAUGUUGAUUUAUUUCUACCUCUGAUGGAGGAUUAACUAGAUUUCUCACUGCUACACUGGAAGACUUUGCAGAAAAUUCAAAAUGUCGUCAAAUAGGAGUCAGAAUCCUCAUGGACUUAAACAGAUUGGUCUUGAUCAGAUAUGGGAUGACCUAAGAGCUGGCAUUCAACAAGUUUAUACAAGACAAAGUAUGGCAAAGUCCAGAUAUAUGGAACUCUAUACUCAUGUUUAUAACUACUGCACUAGUGUACAUCAGUCUAAUCAAGCCCGAGGAGCUGGUGUAACCACUUCUAAAUCUAAAAAAGGCCAAACACCUGGAGGAGCUCAGUUUGUUGGCUUAGAAUUGUACAAACGACUUAAAGAAUUUCUGAAGAAUUACUUGACAAAUCUCCUUAAGGAUGGUGAAGAUUUGAUGGAUGAGAGCGUGUUGAAAUUCUACACUCAACAAUGGGAGGAUUAUCGGUUUUCAAGUAAAGUGCUGAAUGGGAUUUGUGCCUACCUCAAUCGACACUGGGUUCGUCGUGAAUGUGAUGAGGGCCGGAAGGGAAUAUAUGAAAUUUAUUCACUUGCAUUGGUGACCUGGCGGGACUGUUUGUUCAGGCCACUAAAUAAGCAGGUAACAAAUGCUGUGUUGAAGCUGAUUGAAAAAGAAAGAAAUGGUGAAACUAUCAAUACAAGACUGAUCAGUGGAGUUGUGCAAUCUUAUGUGGAGCUGGGACUGAAUGAAGAUGAUACUUUUGCUAAGGGGCCUACAUUGACUGUAUAUAAAGAGUCCUUUGAAUCUCAGUUUCUUGCUGACACAGAAAGAUUCUAUACAAGAGAAAGCACUGAAUUUUUGCAACAAAACCCAGUUACAGAAUACAUGAAAAAGGCAGAGGCUCGUCUUUUGGAGGAACAGCGUAGGGUUCAGGUUUACCUACAUGAGAGCACACAAGAUGAACUAGCACGGAAAUGUGAACAAGUACUAAUUGAAAAACACUUAGAGAUCUUUCAUACAGAAUUUCAAAACCUAUUGGAUGCUGACAAAAAUGAAGAUUUAGGACGCAUGUAUAAUCUUGUGUCUCGAAUUCAGGAUGGCCUUGGAGAACUGAAAAAACUUUUGGAAACUCACAUUCAUAAUCAGGGUUUAGCUGCCAUUGAAAAAUGUGGAGAAGCUGCAUUAAAUGAUCCAAAAAUGUAUGUACAAACAGUGUUGGAUGUUCACAAGAAAUACAAUGCACUAGUGAUGUCAGCUUUCAACAAUGAUGCCGGCUUUGUUGCAGCUCUAGACAAGGCUUGUGGUCGCUUCAUAAAUAAUAAUGCAGUAACAAAAAUGGCACAAUCAUCUAGUAAAUCUCCCGAGUUGCUGGCACGGUAUUGUGAUUCUCUGCUAAAGAAAAGCUCAAAGAAUCCAGAGGAGGCUGAACUUGAAGACACACUUAACCAAGUGAUGGUGGUCUUCAAAUAUAUUGAAGACAAAGAUGUGUUUCAAAAAUUCUAUGCCAAAAUGCUGGCAAAGAGGCUAGUACACCAGAAUAGUGCUAGUGAUGAUGCUGAAGCAAGUAUGAUCUCCAAAUUGAAGCAAGCUUGUGGCUUUGAGUACACAUCCAAACUUCAAAGGAUGUUCCAAGAUAUAGGUGUAAGCAAAGACCUGAAUGAGCAGUUCAAAAAGCACCUAUCCAAUUCAGAGCCAUUGGAUUUGGACUUCAGCAUACAAGUACUAAGCUCUGGAUCUUGGCCCUUUCAAAUGUCUUGUGCAUUUGCUCUCCCAUCAGAGCUGGAGCGCAGUCAUCAGAGAUUUACUGCUUUCUAUGCAAGUCGUCACAGUGGCAGAAAAUUAACAUGGUUGUAUCAGCUAUCCAAAGGCGAACUGGUUACCAAUUGCUUCAAAAACCGAUAUACACUACAGGCAUCUACAUUUCAGAUGGCAAUCCUGCUGCAAUAUAACACAGAAGAUGCCUACACAGUCCAGCAGCUCACAGACAGUACUCAAAUAAAAAUGGAUAUUUUGGCACAAGUACUCCAGAUUUUGUUGAAGUCAAAAUUGUUGGUUUUAGAAGAUGAAAAUGCAAAUGUUGAUGAAGUGGAAUUGAAACUGGAUACUUUAAUAAAAUUGUACCUUGGCUACAAAAACAAAAAAUUGCGAGUGAAUAUAAAUGUGCCAAUGAAGACUGAACAGAAGCAGGAACAGGAAACAACACACAAAAAUAUAGAGGAAGAUAGAAAACUCCUGAUUCAGGCUGCUAUUGUAAGGAUUAUGAAGAUGAGAAAAGUCCUUAAGCAUCAGCAGUUGCUUGGAGAAGUGCUUACCCAGCUGUCAUCAAGAUUCAAACCACGAGUCCCAGUAAUAAAGAAGUGCAUUGAUAUUCUAAUAGAGAAGGAAUACUUGGAGCGGGUGGAUGGUGAAAAGGACACCUACAGUUAUUUGGCUUAACAAUUUGUAGCAGAUAUCUGUGCACUCUUUAAUUGUAACAAGUUUGAAAGAGAAUAAAACUUGUUAGUCUGCUGUU